AUGGCGAUGAAGAUGAUCCCAUGCGCAAGGCUGGGUGCUUGUCGCACCUCGGCAUCGUCCUUGCGCGCCCCUCACCAUUCCCUCGUGCCGUUUCGCUCUCUUACCAGUCUUCCUCCGUCAUUAUGGGCUUCUCGCGCUUCCUCGUUUCCUCGUCAUCACCCUCUCGUUUCCACGCACCUCGGCAUUCGUCCGUUUUCUCUAGCAUCCUGGUGGCGCAAACCUACCGCGUCGCCGCCGCCUUCAGUGGUCGCGGACAUCGGGAAGCUCGAAGCCAGUGCGAACGCGCACCCGGAUGACGUCGACAAGCAAGUUGCUCUAUUCGAAGCCUUGGUCAAGACGGGAGUGGAGCCAGGUCUGAACACCAUCGUGGCACGCUGGGAACGGUUAUGCGAGUUUUUCCCCACGCACCCGGUCCUUCGUUCGGAUACCGCCUUCAAGCUCUAUUUGACCGCUCUGCGCGACCUCGGCCUCGAGCCCUCGAUCAGUGCUGCUGUCCGUAGGCGCGAGUCUUUGUUGGGGGUUACGGCGAGAAACGCGGACGCUCCUUCCUCCGCCGCCGCCGCCGCCGUCGCGUCUGCCGCAGUCCUCUCGCCCACCCCGGAGGCGACAGCUCAGGAACGGAUGGCUUCCAUGGUCUACAACUCGAACGGCUCUAGUACUUCUGCGUCACCAGCUUCUCAGUCUACGCCAGGAUUGGCCCCGAAUGCGGCCACCGUAAGUUCUAGUCUGCAGGCUGCUCAAGACGUGCUCGCAGGGAAGACCACUACUGUACGCUCAAUCAACACGGACAUUGACGCGCUGAAAGCUGCACUCAGAGGUCAAACUGGUACAGCGGCGAAUCCCAUCGUGGUCACUACGGUUGAAUCCCGGACAGCCUCAUGGACGAAAUUCGCUCGCUCGCUCGUGUUCUGGGCCUUCGCAGCGUUCAUCUUCUUCUCGAUGCUCUCCGUCUGGAUUGAGAACACGGGCCUAUUGAAGGCCGGUCCUCGGCAGGCGGAGUUCGAACCUAUCCAAGCGAAGACCUACAAGUUCAGCGACGUGCAUGGCGUUGACGAGGCCAAGGCUGAACUGCAAGAGAUUGUGGAAUUCCUCAAGGACCCCGAGGCUUUCGGAACGCUCGGCGGCAAGCUCCCCAAGGGUGUUUUGCUCACCGGUCCUCCAGGUACCGGUAAGACGAUGCUCGCCCGCGCAGUUGCCGGGGAAGCGGGUGUACCCUUCCUUUUCGCUUCAGGGUCUGAAUUCGACGAAAUGUUCGUUGGUGUUGGCGCGAAGCGCGUACGGGAUCUCUUUGCAUCGGCACGGAAGAAGCAGCCGGCCAUCAUCUUUAUUGACGAGCUGGACGCCAUCGGUGGCAAGCGGUCUAACCGCGAUCAGCACUAUCUGAAGCAGACGUUGAACCAGCUCCUUGUCGAGUUGGAUGGUUUCCUCCAGAACGAGGGUAUCAUAGUCAUAGCGGCAACCAAUUUCCCCGAGACUCUGGAUCCCGCGCUCGUCCGUCCUGGACGCUUUGAUAAGCACGUCGCGGUGCCGCUGCCGGAUGUCCGUGGACGCGUCCAAAUCCUACAACAUCACAUGAAGAACGUAACCACUGCUCCCGAGGUGGAUACGAUGAUUCUUGCGCGUGGUACGGUCGGCUUCUCUGGCGCUGAGCUGCAGAACUUGGUUAACCAAGCCGCUGUCAAAGCCGCGCGUGAGGGCGCUCAGUCGGUAGCGCUUCAGCACUUCGAAUGGGCAAAGGAUCGCAUCAUCAUGGGCGCAGAGCGUACAACGUCUUUCAUUAGCGACGAAGCCAAGAAGAUGACGGCUUAUCACGAGGGUGGUCACGCCCUCGUCGCGCUGUACACCGAAGGCGCAAUGCCUCUACACAAAGUCACUUGCGUGCCCCGUGGUCAUGCACUCGGUCUCACUGCUCAGUUGCCCAAGGACGACAGAUAUUCGGUGUCUUAUAAGGAGUACCUCGCCGUCAUUGAUGUCUGCAUGGGAGGGCGCGUCGCCGAAGAACUCAUAUACGGCCCCGAGAAUGUGUCUAGCGGCGCAUCUUCGGACAUCCAGAAGGCGACACGUACAGCUCGUGCCAUGGUCAAGAAUUGGGGCUACUCCCAGAAAAUUGGCCCGGUCUAUCUAAGUGACAGAGAAGACACGAUCAGUCCUAAGAAGAAAGACGAAAUCGAAGACGAGGUCCGGAGCCUACUGAUAGCGGGCGAGUCACGGGUGACCGCACUCCUCAAGUCCAAGGAGGAAGAGCUCCACCGGCUGGCGAAGGCGCUCGUGGAACACGAGACGCUGAACGCCGACGAGGUCGAGAAGGUCAUCAAGGGCGAGCCGAUCCGGGCCAUCGACGAGGUGAUCAAGGAGGAGCUUUCCAAGCUCGACAAGUCUGACGGUGCGGACGAGUCAUAG